AUGCCUGUAUAUAGGCGUGCUGUUCCAAUUAUCACUCCCUUCGUGGAAGCAGUUCCUUCAGGUUUGUUGCUAACACGAUGGGUGUACAACUUUAAUUUUACUAUUACAGAUUCUAAUAAACGAAUGUGCUGUGGAAAGGCAGAAUUAUCUGUCCUAAUAGCAGGAGCUAUUGUAAAUAUAAGUAACACGGAACUGGAAUUGUGGUUGCGGGAAGCGACGUCUUUACCAUUUGAACAUAUUGUAAAGAAAAUAGAAAAGGGUUGGGGGCACGUACAUUUUCGCACAUAUGAUGACGCAUCGAAAUUCUUUCACGAAAUGAAAGAGAGGAAUUUUACUGGUCCAAACAAUUGUGUUAUUAAAUUUUCUGCCUCGAUGUAUUUUAAGACCAGGAAAUUAAUUAAUUAUUAUAUUACUGAAACUGAGUCAUCAACCCUUCCUUCUGACACAAACAAUCCUCCUCCUUCCGACAUGAACAAUCAGAUACCUCCUCCUUCCGAAACAAACAAUCAGAUAUCUCCUCUUCCUUCCGAAACAAACAAUCAAAUACCUCCUCCUCCUUCCGAAACAAACAAUCAAAUACCUCCUCCUCCUUCCAAAACAAACAAUCAGAUACCUCCUCCUCCUUCCGAAACAAACAAUCAGAUACCUCCUCCUCCUUUCGAAACAAACAAUCAGAUACCUCCUCCUCCUUCCGAAACAAACAAUCAGAUAGAUAAGACUCAAUAUGUGAUAUACGAAAAUAAUGAAGGUUUUUAUAUUAUCAAAAUAUAUACACCUGGAGUCCAACGGAAGGAACAGGUGCAGAUCGAAGUCUCCUAUGACGACCGAUCAAUUACAAUCACUGCAGAAAGUUCAAUGAUAAUUGGAUUCAACGACUGCACCAUAAUCGAAAAUAAUAUCCAAACAAGAUUCAGAGUGGAUAUUAUUUUCCCGAGGAUGAUUAAUACGGAUCAUCCCGUUAGGGUGGAUGUUGAACAUGGCAUUACGACAGCCAUGUUCAACAUCAAAAUUUGGUGUGAAACUGUGGUACCGAUUUUAUGGAAGAAUCCUGAUCAACAUUAUUAA